AUGGCUCGCUCCAUGCUCCAUCGCCUCGAAGACCUCUGCAACGUCGACGUCGACGAUGCCGACACGGGACUCAUCAAGAGUAUCCCAUUUACGCCCCAUAACCCCAUCAUCACAGGGGCCCUUCUCGCCGAUGAAGCCCUCUUAAAAGACCUCGUUCGCCAACAUGGCUCCCAAGGCUGGGAACGAGUCUACGAUCAAGCUGCCAUCAACCUCACAGCCCGCAACAUCCCCCUCCUCUCCGGCCGCGUCCUCAUCCAAACCUCCCUCCGCCACAUCUCCUCCUCCUCCGCCACCAUCGCCCACGCUCGCACCCUCGCCAGUCUCUACGCAGCCGCCGGUGUCUCGCGCGACCGCUUCGCCAUCAAGCUGCCCUUUUCCGGUGCUGCCGCCGCCGCUGCGCGCGUGUUGAACGCAGAGGGCAUCCGGACGCUGGCCACGAGCGUGUUUUCGCUGGAGCAGGGCAUUGCGGCUAGUCAGAGCGGGUGUUUGUUUAUUAGUCCCUAUUAUAAUGAACUUGCGGCACACUCAGAUGCUUCUCUUCGUCCUUCUUGCGAGGAUCCCGCUCUAGAGCACCCCAUGUCCCCUCGCAUCAUCCACAUCCUCGAAGCUUUCGCCAAAGCAUACCGCGAAACCGGCAAAGAACAGCCCAUCAUGGUCAUCGCAAGCCACUUCACCAUUGGCGAAAUCAUGGCCAUGGCCGAGCUCGGCUGCCCCCAUGUCACCAUCCCUCCGCACCUCAUCAAGACGCUCCUGGAAACCCCUGACACCCUCCCUUUACCGACGACGAAAAAGGCCAAGCUCAGCUACGCCGAGUUUGCCACGGCGCAGCGGCUCACGAAGCUGUCCACCAUCGACCCCCUGGCCGGUCCGGACUGGGAUGGUGUGCUGGCGGAUAUGCAGACUGAUUAUGUUGCAAACGACGGCGAGAAGCUGGAUGAGGCGCUCAGAAGAGAUGCCAUUGCUAACAAGAGGCUGAAAGAUGCAGAGGUGUUUUUCAUUGAGAUGGAGAACAGGGCCAAAGAGGCUAUCGAAAAAGAGAUUGCGGCUCAAGGACUGUAA